GACCCAACAAAAAUUGCUCUGCCAAUAAGCAAUAUAAGCUGUGAAAGAAAAAUAGAAAAUCAGGAUCGUCCGAUCAAACCUAAAUAAUAGGUCCAUCGAAGUUAGAACCUUCAAGGGGAGAGACAGACGAAGAUGGCGUCGACGCCGAUGGUGCCGCCGAACGCGGCGGCCGGAAAUCCAAACUUCGAAGGGAAUGCGCCGGCGGCGCCACCGCCUCCGGGGACGGACAUGACCGGAAUAUGCUUCAGAGAUCAACUGUGGCUCAACACUUACCCUCUCGAUCGAAACCUGGUCUUCGACUACUUCGCUCUCUCUCCUUUCUACGACUGGUCUUGCAACAACGAACAGCUCCGUAUGCGCUCCAUUCACCCUCUCGACCUCUCUCACCUCUCGAAAAUGACAGGCACAGAAUAUAUGCUGAGUGAAGUUAUGGAGCCUCAUCUCUUUGUCUUCCGUAAGCAAAAGAGGGAUAGUCCGGAGAAAGUCACACCAAUGCUAACUUAUUAUAUCUUGGAUGGUUCUAUAUACCAAGCACCACAACUUUGCAAUGUUUUUGCUGCUCGAAUUGGGCGAGCUUUGUAUCAUAUCUCAAAGGCUUUUACUACUGCAGCCUCAAAGCUAGAGAAGAUUGGUUUUGAUGCUGACAGUGAGAGUGCAACCUUUGAAUCAAAGGUUGGAAAAGAAACGAUUGACUUCAAGGAAGUUAAGCGAAUAGAUCUUAUUCUUGCUUCUGUACAGCGCAAGUUACCACCCGCCCCUCCACCACCACCUUUUCCCGAAGGCUAUGCACCACCUCCGACUGCUGAAGGAGAGAACGGCUCUGAAAUCCAACAACCGGCAGAGGCUCAAGUUCCUCCAGUUGAUCCAAUCAUUGACCAAGGCCCGCCUAAGAGAAUGAAAGUUUGAGAUAACACUGUUUUCGCUUCUUUCCAGCAUUGUAUGUACAAAGCUAACAUAUAUUACAAUACUUUUUUUAAUAUUGACGGAAAGAAGAAUUCUUCAGUGAAAUUUUACUUUUUGUUAAUAUUUUGCCUUUGUAAUUUUCAUGUUUUAUGUUUAUAGGCUUGAUUGUGAUACAGUGUUAUUUUACUUGUCAUUUUAGAUGCAACUUGCUGUGGAGUCUGCUAUGAGGGUUAGAUUGAAAAUGAUAGAUCUAAUUAUAUUUA